CUACAGAGCAAGAGUCAUUCAUUCAUCAGCUGACCAGGUAGCUGUGAUCAUGGCAUCUACAGAAGCAUCCUCCCGUUUGCCCAGAUUGGCUUCUCCCACUCCAGUCGGAUCAACAUUGAAAUCAUUAGGUCUACCUCCUCAAAACACGACGACCGUCUCCACGCAAUUGACUGACACCGAAGAGCUCAAUCAUAAGCGUAAAGCGACCUCGUCCCCAAAACCUAUGAUGAGCAGGAAAGCAUCGUCUUCAUCACUCGUCUCAUCGACUCUUGGCGCUCCUAAUGGUGGUCCCCGAAAACCAUCGGGCGGAUUCGUACCUACGAGUCGGAAAGCAACAGCUGGAUCCAGCAUGCCACCGCCAGCAGCGACUACCAUACGAUCUGUAUCAUCAUCCUCCAAGCCAGCUUUGCCCAUGGCGCGAAAAGCAUCCACGUCAGAUCUGAAAAGCUCCACACGAUCAGUAUCUGGAAGUCGACCUGGCGUCCCAGGAGCAAGGACUACCAGAUCAAACUCUGUCAGCGAAUCUGCCGGUAUCAGGCGGCCUGCUGUGGCUACAGUCUCGGGCGCAGGAUCGAGAGCCGGCACGACAGCAUUGCCGGGAAGAAGGGGUGUUUUGUCGGCAUCUACGACAACCAACAUACAGUCGAAGGGUGGAGCGGAAGUGCGACUUGAGAACAUGGAAAAGAUGCUCAAAGCCAUGUUUGAAAAAGAGCAAGCGAACAUCGAGACGCAAGCCGUCUCCAAAGCCGAUUUUCAGAACCUUCUCAAAUCGAUUCAUGAUCCCGAACGUGAAGCUCGCAGAGAGCUCUCAAAUGCUUCAGAGGAGAUUGCGAUUCUUCAGAAUAAGCACGCGAAAGAGAUCGAGGAAAUUGAUGCGCAACUGCGGAAGAGAGAGCGAGACAACAGAAAUCUCGAAGAGGAGAUUCAAGAGGUUCGACAAAAGUUGUCUGAUGAGAGGGAAGCAGUGAGAAGUAUGAAACGCACACUUGCCGAGCAGUCAACCCAACACAUGACCUUGAACGCCCAGUUGGCCGCGUCGCAAGCUCAGCAAACGGCUUUACAGGCGGAAAUUGAACGAGCUACCUUUAUGAUCUCCUCGCUAAAGGCCGAAGUCGACAUCAGCCAGCAAAAGGUCCUCGAGUCGGAGGAACGCGCUGCAAGUAGAGAACGCGCUGCGGAAGAGAGGGCGAACGAGAGGAUCGCGGAUAUCGAGACGGAACUCAGAGAAGCAGAGACCAUACGUCGAAAACUGCACAAUCAAGUGCAAGAGCUCAAGGGAAACAUUAGAGUGUUUGCCAGAGUGAGACCAGCUCUUCCACACGAGGCUACGCGCGACGAUCUCGCAACUCUCACCUUCUCAGACGAAAAGCUCGACAAGGAGAUGGGUUGCUCCCAGUUGAGCGUAAUCAAUCGCGGCGAAUCUGCCACUGGAAAGGAGCGAGAGCAGGUCAACGACUUUACCUUCGAUAAAGUCUUCCAGCCCUCAGCUGGGCAACAAGAAGUCUUUGAGGAGAUUUCUACCUUUGCCCAGAGCGUUCUGGAUGGGUACAAUGUUUGCAUCUUCGCCUACGGACAGACUGGGUCCGGUAAGAGUUGGACCAUGGAAGGAGGCCUGGAUGAGGCGAACGUGGGAAUGAUCCCUCGAGCCAUUGAAAUGAUUUUCAGAGUCUCUGGUCAGCUUAAGGAUAGAGGUUGGAAAUAUCACAUGGAGGGACAAUAUCUGGAAGUGUACAACGAGGUCAUCAACGACUUGCUUGGAACUGGCCAGUUCGAUACCAAGAAGCAUGAGAUCAAGCUCGACAAAGAUGGCAAGAUGAGCGUCAGCGAUGUUGUCAGCGUGCCACUGAGCAAUGCACGGCAAGUCGCUACGCUGCUUGAGCGCGCCAGAUCCCGCCGUGCCGUUGCUGCUACGUUGAUGAACGAACGAUCAUCUCGUUCACACUCGGUCUUUACCCUCAAAGUUCGUGGAGUCAACCCUAGCACAAGCGAGCAAUGCGAAGCAAUGCUGAAUCUUGUCGAUCUGGCUGGAAGUGAACGACUUGCGAGCUCUGGUGCUGGCGAGAACAAAGACCGUCUGAAAGAAACUAUCAACAUCAACAAGUCUUUGUCCGCGCUUGCGGAUGUCAUUGGUGCCCUCGGACAAGGUCAACAAGGAGGUCAUGUGCCUUACCGCAAUUCGACUUUGACGCGAUUACUUCAAACGAGCUUGUCGGGCUCGAGCAAGACGCUCAUGAUGUGCAACAUCUCACCACUGCAAGCUCACGUUGGAGAAACGCUCUGCAGUUUGAGAUUCGCCACAAAGGUCAACAGCACUGUGGUUGGCAAGGUACAAAAGCAGAUCCUCAAGGGAUAAUGAGACGUAGAUAAGCUUGUGUACAAUAUACUAGGAGGGACAUUCUUGCUCGUACUGCUUCUUUCCUCGUCGGGGAUCGGCAAGGGUCCUAUCAGCGUG